AUGUCCCUUCCAGCAGUCGAGAAUGACCUAAAGGCUCAGCUUUGUGAACACUAUAUAGAUUCAGAUUGGCAACCAGCUCUUAAAGCCAUCAUGGAUGCUGAAGGAGACACAGAUAUUGCCUUGAACGCUGUAAAUGCACUCGCAGAAGCUGCAUCUCAUCACACUAGGCUCAAAAUUUGUAUUCCUGCACGUCCACAG